AUGUUAUUAUUGUUUAUUCUUAUUAUAAUUAUUCGAAUACCAUCAUCAUCAGAUGCAGCAGUAUUAUUUUUUCAUAGAAAAUUUGAACAAAAAUCACGUUUUCAUUCUAAUCAACAAGAAGAUAAUGUUCCAUCUAUGCCAGGAACUGUUUGGACACAUUUUCAAUGUGAUUCAAAAAUAAGUCCUUUUAUAGGUGUUGGUUUUGGUUGUUAUUGUCCAGGUGCAUGGUGUUCAAAUAAUAAUCAAUGUUGUUCACAAAUGUGCUAUAAAAAAACUUGUUAUUGA